GGACCAGAUUCAAAUGCCAUGCAUUGCGCAAAAAAUUGCGCAAAAGGGUUAAUUUACUUUGAACCGUGGCUGCUUCUUGUUUGAUUCCGCGAGAGAGUCGACCGCGGCUAGUGCAUUUUAAACAUGUUGUAGGAAAGCCGGCGCGUGUUGUUUUAUUAAAAAUCAUUGUGAUGAACUAUGUCAGACAUUAAACGUGCAGUGUUAACGACGUUAGAGCCCCAAAAAGUGAACGAGAAACCGUCGAAAAAGUAUUAUAAAACGGUUAGGAUCCGUGUGUCGUUGGCCGAAUCGAACGAGGACAAAUGCCCAGAAUACAGCUAUAAGGACGAGUUAGCAGCUGUAAAGAAAAAACUUAAGCAGAAUGGAAACAAGGAGUCAAUCAACUCAUGCAACGGCUCUGACCCGUUCGGGGAUGACAAUGACGAUGACGUACGACGGAUCGCACUCGAAAUGGAAGCAAAAUAUGGCUCCGGAAUGAGCGUGGGUACGAAAAAGAGACGGAAAGGCCGUAAAGACGAUUACGCAGACAUCGGUGCGGGUUACAACGAGUCCGAUUCGUUCAUCGACAACACCGACGGUUACGACGAGAUCAUCCCGCCGAACAUCACCACCGCCCAGGGGGGCUUUUACAUCAAUAGCGGAGCCCUCGAGUUCAAAACGGACGACGAGGCGACCUCCGAGGUGUCGUCGAGUAGUUCGGAGGACAGUAGCAGUAGCAGCGAGAACGAGGAAGACGAGGAAGUGGAUAAACAGGGACUGAAUAAGUCGAAGAGGAAGAGAAUUUUGGAUACGUCUGAUGAUGGUGAUGAUGAGGAGGGCGGCAGUGAUAAUAGUAAUCAAGAGCAGAAGGUAAAGUCAGUCGAGAAACAAAGCGGCGACAAACCGCACAUCAGCAUGCAACAGGCCAUCAAGCAAAAAAUGUUCAGCCCCGAUAAAAUCCAAAUUAAGAAACGAAAACUGGCGAACGAACAAAAGAACAAGAUGAAGGAACUUAUGAGAGAGAAGAAAGACCCCAAUAGUUCAGAUGGAUCAAAAGAGACUUUGAAGGAGAACAAACAACCGAUGAGAUUAAGCAGCGUGGACGCGGCAAUCGAUUCGGUUAUAGGAAGAAUUGAAGACACCCAACCUAAUAACGUGAUUAGCGAACGUAAAAGUGAGGAACAGAAGGCGGAAAAUCAUGAGAAAAUUGCGAAUCAUCCAACUCCAGUCGCCAACUCCGAUGUAGUAGAGCGACCAAUAGAAUACGUAAAAUUACCGGAAAACCUACCGAAGGACAUUCUGGAAAUCAUCGAGUUCAUCAAAAAAGCGGCUAGAGACCAUAAAGAUAACGGAAAACUAAAGUUCUUCGGUGGCGAAGUCAAUAAUAUGCUCCUAAAUUUGGAACGUAAGUGUAAGGUCCUCGGGAGAUCGUCCAGACUGCGGGUGUACGAGCACUUGUCCCCUUACGUAAAAUGCCGCAAGGAAACGUUAAUUAAGCGAGCACGCACCCUGGUUUUCGAGGAGGAAAGCAGGAAAUUGUUUAAAACGAUUAGCAAACUUAAGACGCAGAUCGACCAAUUACUUCCCGCUUUAAUAACGAACCACGAGAAGGAGUGUCAGCGGGUUUUAGAGAAGAAGUUUUCCAAGGAAGCGGUCAAUGAUGAGGCUCUGAAGAAUUUGAAGGCGCCUAGACGCAGGUUUCCCUUACAUGAAGAAAUGAAAAAAAUGCUAAGGGACAUAGUACUGUUCAAAAAACGCUGUCUAAUUCACGAAGGCAAACCGAAAGACUCCCUGGAAAACCUGCUGUCGGACUAUUUAAAAUCGAACAUCCUGCCCCUAUGGCCGGACGGUUGGAUGUCGAUGAACGUACUGAAGAAAUUCUGCACCUCGACGGCGAUAAAAACCCCAAACCCGAAAGCCAACGAACCGCCCGCAAAUUCCCAAAAACCAUCUUCGACCAUCAUCAACUACAGUUCGGGAAACAUGUUAACGAUCACCCCGGUGAAUUUAACCGAAAAACUCUCGGAGGUCAGUAACAACAACGUGAAACCGACCGAACUCACGGUAAAACCGACCGUUGAACCUGCACAAGCGAAACCAAACAAAGAAAAACCGGUUUCUCCCCCCGAAGUGAACCACCGGAGAACCACUCCACCCAAAAGUGAACCUGUGAUACCGAAAGAACUCCUCCACUGCCAAGUGAUCGAUCUCACCGAUACGUCGGCCAAACUGUCGUCCGAAACCGUUGAACCAACCAGAACCACUUUCGGUUUAACCAUCGAACCGACCGGUAACAAUCAGCAGCAAACGUUCGAGGCGACGUUAAAGUCGAAGUUUCCCGGUCUUAGUGUGACCGCGACCAACGUGUCGCAUCCGGCACAAGAUAAAGACGACGUGCAAAAAGUCAUGGAAAGUCUAAAGGCGUUACAGAAACUCUCAUCCCCGUCGAAAACGGACGUUUCCACUUCGGGCGUAUCCGUUAUAGCGUUCAAUAAAAAUUAUUCGAAUCACUCGAACUCGAAUGCUAGCGGGGGUAACGCUAGUAACAGCGAACGGACGAACUUUAGCGGUGCAAUCGGGUUUCAGGACGAAUAUCAGAAACAAUUCGUCUCUACUUUGAACCAUCGGAACCCUUCGCCACCGACCAAACCCGGACACAAUCGAUGCAGUUAGUCUCGAGUGGUGGUUCUUCUUGUAAAUUAGUGUUUUUUUUUUUUUUUUAUUAAAAAGAACAGAAGAGAAUGGUUUAAAAUUGUAUGUAUAAUAGUUCAAAACUGUUUGUAAAUAAGCUUUCUACUGCCUUUAUAUUAAGUGCCAGGGUCGAGGAAAUUUCUUAAAAUUGUCUUAUAGGAUGUUUACGUUCAUUCCUUGUAGUAAUUUAUUCGCGUUGUACAUUAUUAAAGUGUCGAUUUGAUUUUAUUAUUUAAA